AUGAGCGAACUUGAUAAGCGGCUCAACAUGUUCAUACGUCGCUUCGAGCCCGUGUACUUCGACCCUGUGCACCGGAGCCACAGCCGGGCAAAGCGCUCCGUCGAUGCCGGAGGGAGCGGCGACGUACGUGUGCAGAUUCGCAGCAGUAGACGCCGGGUGUUCGGCUCUCUUUACCAUGGUGUGUUCGAAGGCAGCAUCGAGACCAGCUCGGGCGACAGCCUCUACGUGGAGCGGGCCAGCAGGUUCUUCAAUGACAGCCGCCCUUACCACUCGGUGCUCUAUUCCAGCGCCGACAUCGAGUUCCCUACGUUGGCAGGCGGCCGCUGGUGUGGGCUGCACGGCAGCACCGAAGAAUGGAUGAGAGACACGCUGCGCAGACUCCAUCACGUUUCACCCCAGAAGCGUCACCCUGCGGUGAGCCGUGUAGGCCGGAAGCUGCAUGCCUAUAGCGAAGCAAUUGAUGACGACGAAAAUGAAAGACACGACCGCUCUACGGCGAAAUAUAAUGAGCCGAUCGGCGAAGAAGAACGCGACACCACCGUGGAGACGCAGCACGAAGAGCUCGACCAUUCCCGAGAUUACGCGGAAUCGACAAAGAAGGCGAGGUCGAAGAAUAAAUACGCGAAACCUGCCAAGCCACGUCAGGAGUCUCUGUCACGUCGCGUGUGCAAUUUGGAGAUUGCCGUGGACAACACGUUCACCGACAGCAUCCUGCAGGAUACGGAUAGUGUCAUGGCGUCGCGAGAGAUCGCCACGUCCGUUGUCGCCCACCUGGUGAACAAGGUGAACUCCAUCUACGGUGGCAUUAACUUCGACGGCAUUGAAAACAUCAGCUUCGUCGUGCAACACAUCAUGAUUAGCGAGCCCGGAGACUGCGUAGGCUACAAGGCGAAGCAGGACCCGCUGUGCAGCACGUCGUUGGACCCGGCACAGCUUCUGUACCUAGUGUCACUCACGCGCCACGACGACUAUUGCCUGUCAUUCAGGCUGAACUUCCGCGAUUUCGCUGACGGCACUCUGGGCCUUGCAUGGAUCGCCGGCGAGGAAACGGGCACUGGUGGCAUCUGCGAGCGGUACCGGUCGUCAGUGGAGUAUGAUCCCGUCAGAGGCGAAUACCGACAGGCCAAGAUGAGCCUCAACUGUGGAAUCACCACGCUCAUCAACCAACGCCAGUACGUGGGCCUACUGAUAGGCUCACUCACGCUCGCCCAUGAGAUUGGUCACAGCUUUGGAUCGCCCCACGACCAUGGGCACAUUUGCGAGCCGGAAGGUCCCCAGGGAAAGUACAUCAUGUACGCCUCUGCGACCAGGGGAGACAGGCCCAACAAUGACCGCUUCUCGCCGUGCAGCAUCGGCAACAUGAGCGCAAUAUUGAAGCCUUUAUUCAACAGCAAGACAUCGCGCGAGAAUUGUUUCCUGA